AUGAAAGUGUUUAACGUGAAUAUAUAUCUUUUAUUGAUGCUUGCCUAGUUACCUUGUGUUUAAAGCCAAUGUAUUGAAAUUACAGAUCAAAAAUAAUGUAAUCAAGAUUAAAGAUGUGAAUGGGAUUAUUGGGAACCUUCCAAAUGCCAAAACAUGUGCAGUCAAUUGAUCAAUUAAACAGCAUGCAAUUAAGCAGCAAACUGUAAAUGGAAAGCCAGCUCAUCCUCUUGUUUAAUAAAAAAAUGCACAGAAGAAUUAUAAAUGGAUGGGUGUCAUCAAAUUGUAUUUACUACAUUAAAUUAGGUUGCUUGCACUUGGAAGAAGUAAAAAUGUUGGGACUCAUCAUGCGUUGAAUUAUAAGCAUACGAAGCUGGUAAAUGUGCCAAUUCAUAUUGUAUUUGGGAUGAAAAAAGAAAACUUUGUUAUGAUAAAAAAUGCUCAGACUAUUCUAAUUAAUAUGAUUGUAACCAAAUUUCAUUUUGUAGUUGGUUAAAAUACAAAUGCAUAGAUAAUGGCAAUCAAAAGCUUAGUUAUAGUGAUGAAGAGCAAGAUUAAUAAUAAUGA